UACAAACAUUUAGUAUGGUUGCAAAUUUGUUUCGGUAAUUCGGAAGUAACGAAAAAAUUCUUUUCGCGAUUGAAGCCUGAUACCUAAUUGGAUAUGAGUGGCAAAGUGAAAACUGUGCAAAGCAGCAAACCUGUGAAAACUAUUCGUAACGUUUUGGUACAGCCUUUUAAAACAAAAUGGCCGCUGGUUCCAGGGAAUGACGCAGAACAAUUCAACAAACUUUUCACGAAAAUACCACAUAAUUUGAUGACACGUGGCAUGAAAGAUAGUGUGCGACUGAUUAACGAAGGAAAAUCGUGUGCACUUUUUCUGAGUUCUGAUUUUCAUCCACAAAUUUUGGGAAAACAACUCAUACGAAUGGCGCGGCGUAACUCACCAACCAUACAAAUUGUAACCGUCGAAAAGAUCCGGUGGAGUGGUUCGUUGGAGAGGAUUCUGGCCAUUCCCAAGAGCGGCAGCGAACAGCAUGAUGUAGCCGAACUGUUGACCUUGAUGACAAAAAUUGCCAAGGCAAAUGAAUAUGAGGACGAUUUGUGCCACAAUACUACUGAAAGAAGUAAGUUGACCACUAAACAGCGAAAUGUAGUACAAGAGUUGAAACCAGACGAUAUUGCACGAUUGCAUCUUCCAAGACACGAUUGUAAGCGGCGCACCUUUGUUCCGGAAGUAUCAAUAUUUGCCCCCAAGUCAACUGUGGACACCGACAAGGAGGAAUGGAGUGAAUACAUUUCCCUCAAACGAUCCAGGCAGGAUGAAAUGGAAUUCGAUGUAAAUUUAGGACCAUCAAAAUCCAUCGUAGGUAGAAAAGAAAAGGAUUCUAACAAGCCAGCGUUUGUAAAAGCUGGUACUACAUACGUUCCUCUAACGGUUAAUCGUAUCCAAGGAAAUCCUAAUCGAAAGAAGCACAAUAGAAAGAAAGCGAAAUAAAUCGUUUUUAAAUUAAA